GCGGUCGUCUGCCAAUCAAGAAAGAACUGGCAAAGCCACUCGCUCACCAGACAGCAGUCACCACGUCCAGCUCAGACACCAGCUUCCGAGCACGCACUCGAUCGCGCCUGCCUCGCUGAGCCACUGACAAUGGCGUCGCAGCAGCAGAGCAGGAAGGAGGCCGCGUCGAAGCGGGAGGAAGGCGGCCAGGGCGGCGUCAGCCUGGAGGAGAUCGGCAAGUUCCGCGCGGAGGCGCAGCAGAACUCGGCGGACGCCAUCCGCGCCGCCCAGGAGCGGUACAACCAGAACCUGCAGCACGGCGGCGGCGCCAGGGGGGCGGUGACCGUCACCCAGGCGCCCGGCGCCACGGUGGUCUCCUACCAGGAGCACAAGGCCCUUCCCGAGGGCGCCCAGCAGGGCCGCACGGCGCACGGGCACGGCGCCAACGCGCCGGCAGGGGGCACGACGGCGUCGUCUCGGAGCACCGAGAAGCAGCACGCGGCGAAGCACGAGGAGGGACGUGGGCAUGGCACGGCCCACAAGGAGCAGAAGGGCUCGGCAGCGGUCACCCGCGCCGCCGAGGGCGGCCACGACAAGCAGGGCAAAGAGAGCGCCGCGCGCGGCACCGUGGCGUCAUCUCGGGGGGCUGAGAAGCAGCACCACACGAAGCAGGAGGAGGGCCGUGGGCAUGGCACGGGCCACAAGGAGCAGAAGGGCUCGGCGGCGGUGACCCACGCCACCGAGGACAGGGGCAAAGAGGGCGACUCUCCGCGCAGCGCCAAGGACGCGGCCAUGCACGCGCUCGGCAUCACUGGAGACCAAACGGUGGCCAAGGGCGCCGGAACCAAGGAUGCCGGUGCGCAUGGCGCACAGGUCCGUGGGCAUGAUACGGGCCACAAGGAGCAGAAGGGCUCAGACUCUGCCGCGCGCACCCUCGGCUCCACUGGAGACUACGCUGCGGCCAAGGGAGCCCAAGCCAAGGACGCCGGUGCGCAUGGCGCGCAGGUCGCCGCGGGCGAGACCAAGGAAGCCACGGCUACCGCCGCCGAGUACGCAAAGCAGGCGGCAGCAAAGGCGAAGGAGGUCACGCUCACCACGGGCGAGAUGACGGCGGAGUACGCGAAGCAGGCCGCCGUGAAGGCCAAGGACGUCACGGUGAGCACAGGCGGGACAGCAGCGGAGUACGCCAAGACGGCCGCCGAGAAGGCGAGGGACGCCGCGUUGGCGGCCGGCAAGACGACGGCCGAGUACACGCACCAGGCGGCGGUGAAGGGCAAGGACGUCACUGUCUCCACCGGCGGGACUGCCGCGGAGUACGCCAAGACGGCCGCCGAGAAGGCCAAGGACACCGCGCUGGCGGCCGGCAAGACGACGGCCGGUUACACUCAGCAGGCGGCGGUGAAAACCAAGGACGUGACGCUGUCGACCGCCGCGCAAGCGGCGCAGAAGGCCAAGGAGGUGACGGCGGUCACGGCGCAGAAGGUGGCGGAGUAUACCAAGGAGAUGGCGGAGCAAGGGAAGAACGCUGCCGCCCAGGCCGAGGAGAAGGCGAAGGAGGCCGCAGCCCGCGCCGCCGACAAGGCGGAGGAGCCGAGCUUCGACACGGGCACGCAGGCCAAGGACAAGGCCAAGGGCUCAGCCGCAGGUGCGGUGGACAAGACCCGCGACACGGCCGCGCAAACCAUGGACAAGGCCAAUGACGUAACUGGAGACACGGGGAACAGGACCGGAAGCAUGGCUGCGCAGGUGAAGGACACGACCGGAGCCAUGGCGCAGAAGGCGAGUGGCACGGCCGCGUACAUCAAGGACUCGGUGAUGGGCGCCGCAGGAGGCACGGCGGACAAGACCCGCGACACCACCGAGCAAACAAUGGGCAGGGCCAAGGACGCGACGGGAGACACGGGGGAUAGGACCGGAAGCAUGGCCGCCCAGGUGAAGGACGCGACCGGAGCCAUGGCGCAGAAGGCCGGCGACACGGCCGCGUACAUCAAGGACUCGGUGACGGGGGCGGUGGGAGGCGCCGUGGACAAGACCCGGGAUGCCACGUCGCAGGUCGCGCAGAAGACAGGGGAGGCGACGAACAGGGCGGUGGAGACCGGCAAAAGCGCCACCGGCGGCGGCACGACCAAGGCGAAGGGUGAAGGCACCGAAGACACCAAGAUCGUGGAAGACGUGCUGGAGGUGGUGGGCGCGACCGUGGAGGCGGUGGGCGCGACCGUGACCGGGCUAGCGCAGCACACCAAGGGCAUCGUCGCCGGCGAAGAGGAGCUCAUCCCGGUCGAGGGGGAGGCCGGGAAGGUCGCCGGAGCCGGUGAAGGCAGGGAGAAAUCCGAGUGAGCAGAUCCACACGUACGUGGCAGCAAAAAUGUUAAAAGAAUGUUGGUUGUGUAGUCACUUUGAUCAGACACGUUUAAAAGGAUAUUGUAUAUAGUUGUAAUAGUAAGUAGUGCACUAUAUGGAGUGCUCAGGUGAGCCGAAUAAUGGUCGUUUAUAUGUAAGCGGGACUAUGUCCACAUGUUGAAGCUGCUGCUACUAGUACGUUUGGAAGCGCUCAGCUAGUACAAUACUCAAAUCUUAUGGAAUGAAAUGGCUAUGUAGUGUGAUA